CUUCUACUCGGUCUUAUCACCGCCAGUAGCUUACCAUACCCCACGUCCACAUCCUCCUUCCACCGCCUCGGCCAUUUCUCCAAAGUCCAGAGUCCAGUCCAAGCGGUAACCCGUACUCCACCGCGCGGUGACGCACCAUAUACACUCUUUAAAUGAAGGCCGGCGGAUAGGUGGGAGCUGGCGUGCCAAUCGCGCGCCGCCCACCCGACGGGGAAGCAUGACGACCGAGAACGGCGUCAGCGACACCGCCCGUCUCCGUGUCCAGAGGCGGACCGCCGACGCCUCUAGAUUCACCCUCGGCGUCGGCGCCAGCCAUGAGAUUAGCCACCACCGCGGCGGCGCCGAACAGGCACCGACCAAAUCUCUCUCCGGGGUGAGAAUGGGGACGAUUUCGCCCCCGCCGAUGCCGCUCUUUCCCUCCCGCGGCCCGUUCUUCGCCGGGUUGUCAGUCGGCGGCGUGGUCGGCGCCGUGCGGCACCACCCCGUGCCGUGCGCCUUCGCGAUCUUGCUCUUGGUCUUCAUGGGCGUGGAGUACACGAUCCCCAUGGUCCCUUUGGCUUCUCCGCCGCUGGAUUUGGGGUUCAUCGUCACAGAGCCGCUGAAUGCCGCUCUCGCCGCCGCUCCCGCCCUCAACACCGUGCUCGCCGCCCUCAAUACGGUCUUCGUGGGCAUGCAAACUUUCUACAUACUAUGGACAUUCCUAGUGGAGGGAAGGCCACGCCCUACCAUUGCAGCUCUCUUUAUGUUCCCAUGCAGAGGAAUUUUAGGUUGCUCCACCCAGCUGCCACUCCCAGAGGGUUUUCUGGGUUCGGGUGCAGAUUUUCCGGUCGGAAACGUCUCCUUCUUCCUCUUCUUCUCCGGCCAUGUGGCCGGAGCCGUGAUCGCGUCGCUUGACAUGAGGCGCACGCGGCGGCACAAUAUGGCGUGGGCCUUCGAUGCCCUGAACCUGCUUCAGAGCGUGCGCCUACUCGCCGCGCGAGGUCACUACACCAUUGACUUGGCCGUCGGCGUCGGGGCUGGCUUUGUGGCCGACGUGCUCGCUGGCGAGUACGAGAAGAUCAAGUGGAAGCCCGACCGGCAGCAGGCGUGCUGCAGUUGUGGGUGCAGCUGUAGCACUCGAUGACCGCGAUGCAUGUAACGCCAUAUAUCGCCUCUUCACUUCCUAUUCGUCCUCUCCCAUUGUUCUCUUAAUUAGCUUCUUCUACAAGUUCUGCCAAGCGAACAUUUACGGCACUCGAUUGAUAAUUCUGGUUUUCAGCAUGUAAUUAGCUUCCUUUUAAGUGUAAAAUGUAUUGUCUCCCAGCUUAGCUCCUUAUCAAAUUGUAAGAAUGAGACUUGUUCCAAUUGCAA